CCUUUUCACCUUCUUUCCGGGGUUCUUACAGCAAGUGAUGGUGGCUAGGUUACCCCCCACACACAUAUUGGUCCUUUUCGCUCAUGCUCUCUCGCGCCCUGCUUCGCGCUCUACCUGCAACACCUCGUCUUACUCCCCCAGUGUUCCCUGUGAUAGCAGCUGAGGUGGUUUUUAGAUUGAGCUCCGCAAAUCUGGGAAAAUCCCCACGAGAGAUAUCGCCAUUUGCUUCAGAGACGAUUUUACAGCAAUUGUAAUGUUUUCCAGACAUGGAGGCUUGACUUGAGUCUCUCGCUGUCCCUCCCUGUACGGAUGUUCAUAGUUCAACCAUCUCCUUCAGCACGCGGGUCCCUUCAGGAGUGACAACUGGCACCUUGGACGCGGGACUGGCGCGAGGGAGGCGGCACGAAUGUGCUGCCGGGUCUGUAUGUGCUGCUUUUCGCGCUGAGUGCGUUUUCGGGACUAGAAAGAGAAGAGCUUGCGCGUGCCAUUGUACCGGGGUCGGUUGUCGGGAAGACUCGUGAAGAUGCUGUGGAAUCGGAGGAUCCUCUUUUCACACGUGUGCUGCGCCAGCUUCCUUCUGUUCUGGAUUAUGCUGGGCACGGGGGUAGAGGUGAUGGGGUCCCAGCCAGGGAUUCCUCUCUCAGUGGUGAAGUUAUGGGCCUCGGCGUUUGGUGGAGAAAUUAAAUCAAUUUCUGCAAAAUACUCUGGAUCCCAGCUGCUGCAGAAGAAAUAUAAAGAAUUUGAGAAGUCCGUCCGAGUGGAAGAAAUUGAUGGCAUGAAAGUGGUAAAAACUCUAGCAAAGAAGAUGGAGGAAAUGUUCCGGAUGAAAAAGGAGGCCAUGCGGCGGCUGGUGGAGGCAGCAGAGGAGGCCCAUCUACAGCACGAGGAGGACCCAGAGCUGCAGUAUGAGUACUUUAACGCGGUGCUGAUCAACGAGGUGGAUGAGGAGGGCAACAACGUGGAGCUGGGAGGAGAGUUCGUUCUGGAACCCAACGACCACUUCAACAACCUGUCAGUCAACCUCAGCCUCAGUGUGGUGCAGGUGCCCACCAACAUGUACAACAAAGAUCCAGCCAUAGUGAAUGGGGUAUAUUGGUCAGAGGCCUUGAAUAAAGUGUUUGUGGAUAACUUUGAAAAAGACCCGUCCCUGAUAUGGCAGUACUUUGGCAGUGCCAAGGGCUUCUUUAGGCAGUAUCCCGGGGUCAAAUGGCAUCCAGACGAACACGGGGUCAUCGCCUUCGACUGCAGGAACAGGAAGUGGUACAUCCAGGCAGCGACGUCUCCUAAAGACGUGGUGAUCCUGGUGGACGUUAGUGGCAGUAUGAAGGGCCUGAGACUGACCAUCGCCAGACAGACGGUCUCCUCUAUACUGGACACACUGGGAGACGACGACUUCUUCAACAUCAUCGCUUACAAUCAGGAGAUGCACUACGUGGAGCCUUGUCUGAACGGCACACUGGUACGAGCAGACAGAAAUAAUAAAGCUCAUUUCAAAGAACACCUGGACAAGCUGUUCGCCAAAGGGAUUGGUCUGCUGGGUGACGCUCUGACCGAAGCGUUCACCAUUCUAAAUGAUUUUAACCAGACUGGGCAUGGCAGUGUGUGUAGCCAGGCUAUCAUGCUGGUGACUGACGGGGCAACGCAGAUGUACGACGACGUCUUCGCCAAGUUCAAUUGGCCAGACAGAAAGGUACGCAUAUUCCCUUACCUGAUUGGCCGAGAGUCUGCCUUUGCUGAUAACAUGAAAUGGAUGGCCUGUGCUAAUAAAGGGUAUUUCAGUCAGAUCUCCACACUGGCUGACGUACAGGAAAAUGUGAUGAGGUAUCUUCAUGUUAUGAGUCGUCCUAAAGUCAUCGACCACGAGCAUGACACGGUCUGGACAGAGGCCUACGUGGACAGCACUCUCUCCCAGGCACACAAGUCCAGAAACAAGAAGGGCCCUAGCCUGAUGACCACUGUGGCCAUGCCUGUGUUCAGCACCAAGAACGAGACGAAGAACCAGGGUAUUCUCCUAGGGGUAGUGGGCACAGACAUUCCUCUUCAGGAACUCAUGAAGAUCAUCCCUAAACACCUGCUGGGUAUCCACGGUUACGCCUUUGCCAUCACAAACAACGGCUACAUCCUGACCCAUCCGGACCUGAGGCCACUGUACCAGGAGGGCCAGAAGAGGAGGAAACCCAACUACAGCAGUGUGGACCUUUCAGAAGUGGAGUGGGAAGACAAGGAUGACUUUCUGCGUAAUGCCAUGGUCAACAGGAAGACUGGGACAUUCUCCAUGGAGGUGAAGAAGACAGUGGACAAAGGGAAAAGACUCCUGAAGAUGCACAAUGACUAUUUCUACACUGAAGUCAAGGGAACUCCCUUCAGUGUCGGAGUGGCUUUGUCUAGAGGCCAUGGAAAAUUCUUCUUCAGAGGAAACGUCUCAGUGGAAGCAGGGCUCCUUGACCUGGAACAGCCAGAUGUUGCGCUGGCAGAUGAAUGGACGUAUUGUAACACAGAUGAGCACCAUGAGCACCGCUCCCUCUCCCAGAUCCAGGCCAUUAAACUCUACCUGACCGGACGCAAGCCACACAUCAAAUGUGACAGAGAGCUGAUCCAGGAGGUGUUGUUUGAUGCUGUGGUCACAGCCCCACUGGAGGCCUACUGGACCGGCCUGGCCCUCAACAAGUCCGAGAACUCAGACAAAGGAGUGGAGAUUGCUUACCUAGGCACACGCACUGGCCUCUCUAGAACCAGCCUGUUUGUUGUCCCAGAGCACCUAUCCAAUCAAGACUUCCUGACGGCGGAGGAUAAGGAGGGGGUGUUCAACGCUGACCACUUCCCUCUGUGGUACAAGAGAGCAGCAGAGCAGGUUCCCGGCACCUUCGUCUACUCGAUCCCCUUUGGAGGAAAUGAGAAUAAGAGUGUGGUUUUGGCCAGCACUGCCAUACAACUGCUGGAUGACAGGAAGUCGCCUAUUGUUGCUUCCGUUGGGAUUCAGAUGAAGCUGGAUUUCUUUCAGAGGAAGUUCUGGACCGCUAGUAGACAGUGUGCUGCUCUGGAUGGGAAGUGCUCCAUUAGCUGUGAUAAUGAGGACAUCAAGUGUUACCUUAUUGACAACAACGGAUUUAUUCUGGUCACAGAGGACAACUCUCAGACGGGGCUGUUCUUUGGAGAGGUGGAGAGUGCUGUUAUGAACAAGCUGCUUCUCAUGGGCUCCUUCAAAAGGAUCACUCUGUAUGACUACCAGGCUCUCUGUAGAGAGUAUGCUGGCAGCAGUGACAGCGCACGCUCUCUAUCACAUCCCUUCUCCAUCGUGAAAUGGCUCCUGACCAAACUUGUCAUUUUCCUGCUGGAGUUCAACCUUUACAGCUGGUGGCAUGUUGAUCUCUCAGUCAAAGCCCAAAGGUCGAGGGGAAAGACCAUGAUGGUGCCAUGUGACACGGAGUACCCUGCCUUCGUUUCUGAGCGUACCAUCAAAGAGACCACGGGAAACAUCGACUGUGAGGGGUGUGUCAGAUCUUUUGUAAUUCAGCAGAUUCCCAGCAGUAAUCUCUUCAUGGUCGUCGUGGACAACAAGUGUGACUGCAGCUCUGCCCCCCUGGUUUCCAUGGAUCCCAUCGAGAUUAUGUACAAUGAGUCUCUGAAAUGUGAUAGGCUGAAGUUUCAGAAAGACAGAAAGCGGCCAGAAUCGUGUCAUCCUUUUCACCCCGAGGAGAAUGCCAUGGAGUGUGGAGGAGCAGCAUGCCUCUCUGCCCCCCUUACAGCAGCACUGCUCCCCCUACUGGCCACUCUCAUUAGCAGGUGACCACACCGCCCUCGAGGCCCACCGUCCUGGACCCAACACUGGAGAGAUUGAUAGACUGGCGCACCAUCAAAUGCUGACAACGCACAGGGAGCCUCGCCAACAAGAAGAACUUGCUCAUAACUAACUGAGUUGCGUAUUACCAACAGAGAGACGGACCAAUUGUAAAGCAUCUCCCUGACCAGCAGAGAAAUAACAAAUUAGACGACAUUGUUCAAGAGAAACAGAACAAUAUUCCAAGGGGAAAACGAUAUGGACAUUAGACAGAAAAAAUACACCUGGGAGCAGCAAUGAACGGGUUUCACAGGAUAACAGAAAGGACACAAGAUCAGUUGGAUAACAAAGCCAGCACUCUGUGAUGUAGGAACUAUCUUCCUUUAUGUGCAGUCAGUGAAAGCAUUACCAUGUUGAUUUAAAUCUCAGUUGGUUCACUCCACAUUAGAGUUCCAAAAUACUUCAAUACACUCUCACAGCUGUAAUACGCUGACUGCAAGCGGCAGGACAGGAUUUUACAGAAUAAAAGAUCCACUUUUCCCUACGUUCAAACAACAUAACACAGGCAACGAUAUACAGAUAUACAAAUCACAAUAUUUGACAUAAUUUAUUUGCAUGAGACAAAGUCCACUUGAUCAAUAGUUAUUGCUCUGGUAUCCUAUGGUGGCACUGGUGAUGAUGAGAUCUAUAGUGCCACUACUUGGUCUGGUGCAGCCAUCUAAGGUUGCAGUGACUUUAUAUUCACACAGCUUCUAAGGACAUACAUAAGGUUUACAUACCACAUUUCAUUGCCCCUUGUCCAUCGGCUCAGUUCUUGUAGCCAGUUGCCCAUGGUGGAAUUACCUGCAGGGCUUGACAUUAACUUUUUCUGCCACUUGUCCUUCAGACAAGUAAGACAGAUUUUUUACUUGUCUGAGCGGUUAAGGAGAACUGGCCAAAACCUCCCUCUGUUAAGGUGAGUGCAAUGCAGAUACUUGCAAAGGCUAUAAGCACAGCGUUCAUCAAAGCACAGCUUAUCUGCCAAGAUCUGCCUGCAAUCUCGGCUCUGCCUUAUAUCAGUUUCUCAGAAUUCUGGUCAGAGUCUUGUAAGUAGGCACAGAUGUGAGCAAUUAGUUCAUGAUUUAGUAGUAUCUUCCCUUACAGGCUGUCCAGCUUCACCACACUAUCCCCAUCCUAGGUGGAAAAGACCGUCCCUGAGUUGUUUCAAAGCCAUGUGGUAACUUUGGACUACGCUGGUGGCUGCCAGACUUGCACUGGUCAUGCUCCCCGAGACCGUUGGGCCUUCCUCCCACUGAAAGAGAUGCUGCUUCCCGUUGCUGAAGAAUGCCGGAAGUACCCUCUCGUAGAAGCUGGAGGUCAGAUGACCACUCUUGUGUGCUAUAUAUGCAACAGCCCUGGAUGCAGAACAGCCUCUCUCCGGGAAAAUCCACAGCAGACUGGAACCCCGGCCGGUGAUAACCCAUGGCUUGACCUCCAGUCAGCGGGAAGGCCUGCGAGGUUGGGCAGGAAAUCUCUCUCUCUCUCCCACCCAGCCGGGUCGUACCGGAGUCUCUGCAAAUAAACAAGGAACAAAGGGUUUGAGUUGUUUGAAAUGCACCACAGUUUCAGGACCUCUCUCUGCCAGUUCUAUGCGGCACAGGACCUCUAAAACCUGGGUCUAGCACUUGGAAAGGGUGUUUGUAGCACCUCUGUAACUUAGGACAUAACCCCCGCUUCUUAGCCUUAUUUCGAACCCAAACCAAUUCACCCACAGAUUAAUAUAGGAAAUUGGCCCGAAAAUCAAAGUUAGCUUUCUGCUGACUGGAGGCACUAGCUUGGUGUCUUUUCACUGACCACUAAUGUAGACAAAGUGUCAUCCAGCCACAAUACAUAUUCACUGACAGAUGUCAUUUUUUCCCUGUGAUCUAUGUCAAGCAUCACAUCGACUAGAAGAACAAUUUCUUAACCAAACAGCACUUUGUAUGGGUUGAACCCGGUACAUGCAUGAACACUACUACGAUAGACCAUCAUGACAUACGGUAGAAGAACAUCCCAGUUCAACACACUGUCCCCCAUCCUGGAUGGAACAGACCGUCCCUGAGUCACUCCGAAGCCAUGUGGUCUCUUUGGACCACGCUAGUUGCUUCUGGUCUCGCACUGCUCGUGCUCACCGAGAAAGUUGGGCUCCCGUUGACCUCCCUCCCAUUGAAAGAGACGCUGCUGGCGCCUCCCAUUGCUGAACAAGACCGGAAGACCCCUCUCGUGGAUGCUGGAGGUCAGAUGAUCUCUCUCAUGUGCUAGAUGCGCGCGAGCAACCCAUCUGACUGGGGAUGAUAAGCAAAGGUUCGAGAUUUGUGGAAGAGAUGUUCUUGAACAGUACGACCGGACAUAAUAAUGUCAUCCAAAUCAACUAAAUGGGUGGUCUACUGUGAAUCUUCUAGGACUACAUCCAUCAACCUCUAGAAGGUACUUGGUGCAUUGCAUAAACCAAAACGUAAAACGUUAAAUUCAAACAAGCCCCGUCUGGUGGAAAACACAGUUUUUGAUCUGUCUUUGGGGUCCAACCCGACUGUCUCAAGGGUGGAGAACCAGCGAGCCUUGUUCAAACUGUGAAGAGCAUCGUCAAUUCUCCGGAGCAGGUAAGCAUCUUUCUCAGUGACAUCAUUGAGUCUCUUUUUUUUACCAGAACGACAGGGGCUGUCCAGGGGCUACAUGAGGGGCGGAUGAUGCCAUGCUUUAGCAUCUGCUAAAUGUGGUCUACGGAUUCCUGUUGCAGUUGGAGGGGGAUCCUGCGCGGGGCCAUUUAAUGGGUUUUGCGUUACCGGUAUCUAUCUGAUGCAUCGUAAGGUGAAUUUGCCCUAGAUCCGUGUCUCCUGUACUAAAAACAGAAGUGUGCCGAUGGAGCAGUUCACGAAUGGAAUGAAGUUCGGCGCGUUCAAAACCUCUCUUUUCCAAACCAAAUUGUGCCACAAUGGUGUUUACAGACCAGGAAGGGGUGAUGCCCUAUUCUCUCCGCUUUUCGAAUUCCACUAUUUCACUAUCUACCUCUUCCUCGGUGAAUAGAGUGGCAAUUUCCAUGCCCCGUUUAAGAAUCUGGUUCUCAUCAGUCAUAUUAAUUAUACAUACUGGCAUAACCCCCUGGUCAACUGUACACACGACGUGAGCCACCAGGACAUCACAAUGGUUGAGCAGAGAGGAAGAGGGUUCCAGCAUACCUUUGGUGUACUUGUUGGGAAGACCUUCAACUGCCCAACCGGGUUAAUUACUUCGCAGCGGGGUGAGACUACUGUAUCAUAGUGAACAGUAACACGUUUGGGUUGGUUAGCAUCAUACAACAGCAAGAGAGGUAGCUUAUUUCCCAUUAGUCGGUAUCAUCUUCCAUAUCAAUCACAUCACCAAAUGUAGCUAGAAUGUCAGUGCCAAGCAGAAUGUCUUAGGGCAGGAUAUCCACCAUAAGAAUUCAGUAACUACGACUAAAGACUCAAAUUGACAACUGGUCUGCCAACGGCCCAGGAUCUACAUUUCCCGCCCAUUCGCUACAGCUACUUAGCCCUGGUAACACAUCAACUCAGUGCCUCCAUUAGUUAUUUUUAGCUAUGGAAACAACUGAAGCUUGAGCACUGGUAUCAACUGGUAGACGAUAGUCCCACCCACUUAGUUUAGCAUUGAGGUACACCCCGGAAGUGUUCUUGUCACAUGGAGAGGCCAGUCUAGAAGGAGGAGGAAGGGGGGGGGCGAGCAUUUGGCCUGCCGUACACACCCCCUCUAGUUUCCCGGCAGGUAGGGGCAGUUUCUUCUCAUAUGACGAUUACAUCCACAUUCCUAGCAGAAUUCGCUUCGGCCUCUGUUCCCUCAGUCAUAAGCAAACCCACUUUGUUCCCUAGUAGCGGGCCUAGCAGACGAAGACUGACUCGCCAGUCCCCACUACAUAAAUAAUCAAUAAAAUUAUCACGUGUAAACAUAUCCAGAGUAGUGGCAUCUGCAGUUGGGUACUCUUUCUCCAUUAACCGACGUGGAGCAUUACCAAAUUCACGGGCUGUUUCGUUAUGCAGCCUCCUCCUAGCCAGGAAGUUAGCACAGUUCCCAUUGUGACUGUCACAAGGGUCUAAACAUUUCCCCAUAGCAUUUUUCAACUGUGUGUAGUCACUUCUAUGCUCAACGGAAAGACCGCUAUAAAUGUCUCGAGCCCGCCCCGAUAGUAACAAAGACAUAUAUUUUAACUUGAGCCCAAAUUCCAAUUGUUUACCUUGGCAGCCAUUUCCAACUGUCCAGCCGAAACAGACCAUUCCAGACCCAUACCGGUAAAUGUUUCUGGCAUGAAGACAGGGCGCACCGACUGCAUGUUGCGGGGAAUGGCUGACCAUUAUGUGGAACGGGGGCUGCCAUCUGAUCCUAAGUUUGGUGUGUCCUCAUGGUCUGACAUAUAUAUCCCACUGGUGCCACCAGUGUAAUUAAGCUUGCUAGACCACACGAUAGGUGGGGCAAGUACUGGAUUGAGCAGAGUAGUUUGAGCCACCAUCUUUGUUUGACCGGUAUGGUCCAGCAAGGAUUGGACACGAAAACUCAACACAGAUAUAGAAAACAAUGAUCGUUAUUAACAACACCAUUUCAUAAGACAGGGUGCCUGAAAUGCUAGGUGACCUACUACAUUCAUAGAACCCCCUACUUUGAACUACACAGUCUGGAAUCCCCUUUCUGUUCGCCCCACAUACCCCAUGUUAUAUUUUUUUAAAUAUUUAACCAGACUAGGCCAACGAAAGAGGACAUCUGACAUGAUAUUGAACGUUUAAAUGUAAUAUUUAUACUCAGCGAAAGCUGAGACUCCCCUCUCUUUAAAACAGUAACAGUAGUUGUUUUAAAGUUGUGUUUUAGCUGCGAUUACAUUUUGAAAUCUUGCUCAACUGUCAUGUGCUUUCACAUUCAGAAUGAGUCUCUCCCUUCACUCCGCGCACAAAGUAGGGAGAGAGUGAGAGCAUACAGCGAAAACAGGGACAGAACAUAGGACAUGACAAUAACACAUGCUGCUAACGGCUAAAUAUACUGAACAAAAAUUAACGAAACAUGCAACAAUUUCAAAGAUUUUACUGAGUUGCAGUUCAUAUAAGGACAUCAGUCAACUGAAAUAUAUUCAUUAAGCCCUAAUCUAUGGAUUUCACAUGACUGGGAAUACAGAUAUGCAUAUGUUGGUCACAGAUACCUUAAAGGUAGUGGCAUGGAUCAGAAAACCUGUCACUAUGUGGUGCAACCAUCCUUUCCCUCAUGCAGCGCAACACAUCUCCUUCGCAUAGAGGUGAUCAGGCUGUUGAUUGUGGCCUGUGGAAUAUUGUCCCAGUCCUCUUCAAUGGCUGUGCGAAGUUGCUGGAUAUUGGCGCGAACUGGAACACGCUGUCAUACACGUUGAUCCAGAGCAUCCCAAACAUGCUCAGUGGGUGACAUGUCUGAGUAUGAAGGUCAUGGAAGAACAGGGACAUUUUCAGCUUCAAGGAAUUGUGUACAGAUCCUUGCGACAAGUGGCCGUGCAUUAUGAUGCUGAAACAUGAAGGCGGCGUAUGAAUGGUAUUACAAUGGGCCUCAGGAUCUCGUCAUAGUAUCUCUGUGCAUUCAAAUUGCCAUCGACAAAAAUGCAAUUGUGUUUGUUGUCCGUAGCUUAUGCCUUCCCAUACCAUAACCCCAGCACCACCAUGGGCACUCUGUUCACAACGCUGACAUCAGCAGACCGCUCGCCCACACAAUGCAAUACAUGUGGUCUGUAUUGUUAAAGGCCGGUUGGACGUACAGAGAAAUUAACAUUCAAUUCUCUGUAAACAGCUUGGGUGGACAGACCAUCCUGCAGGCAGCCUGCCAACUGCACACUCCUUCAAAACUUUAGACAUCUGUGGCAUUGUGUUGUGUGACAAAACUGCCCAUUUUAGAGUGACCUUUUAUUUUCCCAGCACAAUGUGCACCUCUGUAAUGAUCAUACUGUUUAAUCAACUUCUUGAUACACCACACAUGUCAGGUGUAUGGAUUAUAAUGUCAAAGAAGAAAUGCUCACUAACAGGGAUUUAAACCAAUUUGUGGACAGAAAUUGAGAGAAAUAAGCUUUUUGUGUGUAUUGAAAGUUCAUAGGAUUUUUUUAUUCCAGCUCAAGAAGCAUGGGACCAACACUUUACAAUCUGCCUUUAUGUUUUUGUUCAGUGUAGUUAAACACCGACGUAAGUAGCCAGACUAGGCUACAUGAUAUGUUUUGAAUUGGCUAUCUAUUAUUAUUUAUUCUAUAGGCUAGCCUACCUGCUGCUGCAAUGUCUCUCUCUCCUUGAGCAACAGCCCCCUCGACCUUUACUGACCAAACAAACCCUGUUAGAUGACCAACAAUCUGCUAUAACUGGGCAAAUAACUGACUAACUAGCAAGGAAUAGCAACAAAUGUGCACAGGUGUCUAAACAAGUCUCUAGUUUUAAAUUCAAACCUGCUGGCUCCUGAAGCCCCCAUGAGAUCCCAAAUCUAGAAGCAGUUUAGCUAACGCAUUAGCUAGCAAGCAAAAUGCUAAUUCUGUUUUACAAGAAAACGUCUGAGAUUACGCAAACACUGUAGCUAGCUAGCUAGGCCUCCUCAGCACCAAUGUUAUUUAACUGUCAUUGAAGUUGGUGGUCACUACUGGUUUCAGAUGACGAGUAAAACUCUCCGCCAUGUUUGGUGUUUUGGUAAGGGCUCAGAGUGACGUCACGCACCAAAGGAGCCUCAAAACCAAUCACGACGGAUAAGGAACAGGGAAUUGUUAAUUGUUUCCUUGUUUAUUUAUUUAUUUAUUUUUUUUACCUUCUUUUCUCCCUAAUUUCGUGGUAUCCAAUUGCUAGUAAUUACUAUCUUGUCUCAUCGCUCCAACUCCCGUACGGGCUCGGGAGAGACGAAGGUCGAAAGCCAUGCGUCCUCUGAAACACAACCCAACCAAGCUUCUUAACACAGCGCACCUCCAACCCGGAAGCCAGCCGCACCAAGGUGUCGGAGGAAACACCGUGCACCUGGCCACCUUGGUUAGCGCACACUGCGCCCGGCCCGCCACAGGAGUCGCUGAUACGCGAUGAGACAAGGAUAUCCCUACCGGCCAAACCCUCACGAUGCUAGGCCAAUUGUGCGUCGCCCCAUGGACCUCCAGGCCAGAGCCUGGGCGCGAACUCAGAGUCUCUGGUGGCACGGCUAGCGCUGUGAUGCAGUGCCCUUAACCACUGCACCACCCGGGAGGCCUCUUGUUUUUUUAAUCAAAUGAAUACAUUUUUUGAUGCUCCUGGACACAUAAUUAGUGAUGUAACCUGGAGUCAUAGGGUGUUUCGGGUCAACAUCACACACCCUCGUGCAGGCGACCCAACCAGGUUUGAUCAGAUCCUGACUUGUCUCUAGGUAGCAUUGCGCUGCUCCCGAUGGGUCUCCUCUCUUGAUCCAGAGACAUUGUGCUGCUGAUGGCUCUUCUCCUCUUCACUCCCUUGAUGCCAAGUGCGCUGCAGGCUCUGUAGAGGGAUUGCCCAGCAAAACCCUUGGAGCCUACCUCGAUAGGCAUGCACCUAGCCUUCCAACCCUGCUUUUGACAGUCAAAGACUUGUCCCUCAUACUUUGCCCUCUUCCUCCCAUACGCCUCCUGAAGACGAUCUUCCCAAGGGACUGACAGCUCAAAAAUAAUUAUGGUCUUUGUGGACUUUGAGACUAGGGUUAUGUCUGGUCUCAUGGUUGUCUUGACAAUGUGCUACAGGAACUUAACAUGGCUCAUCACAGUCAUGUCUUUGAUGACCGUAAAACGUUUGACGCUGAUCGGCCAUUGUGAAGUGGAUUUACAAAGGAUUUAAAUGGACACGUACAAUCUGAUUUCAAGAUUUAUCAAUAACCCUAAAUUUAACAAUGUUCCAUGGGCCUACACACUGAAUUUGGUUUUAUUUGGACCUAUGGUUCAUGAGAAUACCUUUUUCAAAGAUUUUCCAAAUGUCCAAGAUGGAGGAAAAUCUACCCUAAUAGACCUUAUGAUUCAUUGAGGAAAAUGUGUGCAGCAUGAGGAAAAACACCUACAUACAAAGUUUCCUGUCUCUAGGUGAAACGGGGCAGCAGAUAUGAAGGUUUAAGUUAUACUGCUUUUAACAGCGCCACCUAUAGGCCAAUCAGUGGCAUUCUUUCUUACCAAGUUACUCUAGUUUCUGUGUGCAAAAUUAGAAAAAAGUUAUCAAUCUAUGCUUGAGUUAUUUGACCAUGUCAAGGGGUAAAAAUUUUAAGAAUAACAAAAGGUUUCACAGCUUCGCUCUGGAUCACUAAUAAAGGAUGAGAAAGCACUGUGACAGCAAUGAUGAGAUCCUGAGCGCGUUACAGACCCCUCUUCGGAUGCCAGAGCAAAGAAACCAAUAUCCCUGUACAAGCACUGUAGAAAAUAACAAGAGUUAUGUAAAGGUAGUCAUAUGAAUUAAAAGAACAAAAAGAAUCCACCUUUUAAUAAAAGAGUACUAUACGAUUGAAAAGAAACUGUAAAAAAUAUGGUAUAGAGAUGCGAUUGUACGAUUUUAGAGGUAAAUAUUUGUAGCUUUAUUUUGAAGAAUAUAAUUCUGUCUUUUGGGAUAUGGAAGGGAUCAUGUAAAAUAACAGAGAAGAGAGGAUGGUUGAAGUCAAUGUAUUCUGCCUGCUUUAAGUUUUACAGCAGAGAACAUCUUCACCAGAUUAAAAAGAUGCAUGUGAAGGAUAAAAAAAAUACAUUUAAGUUACGGGAAAGGAAUAAAGUUCAGAGCUCUGGCUGUAAAAUGAAAAUAUGAACAUUUGCAUGUUUCAAUUUUUUAUUGUAACCAAUAACCUUUAAUGCUUACCCCGAUCCCAAACCCCUUCGUUUGAGGACGCUGCUACUAUCUAAAUAAACACAAAUCAAUAUUUUUUAUCUGUCUUUCAGCUCCAAUUCUUUACUUAACUUCAACAGUUGCAUUUAUGUGGGUGUUGAUUUACAGUUACCCUAAUGCAAUUAGCUAAACAAAUGAAUAAAAAGCUACUGUAUUUAGCCCUUACGGUUUAUCAUAAUGAUCUUACACAAAAACAUGACAACUAGUAAAACAUAAAAUAAGUACAAAUACAAUCACUGAGCCAGGUGAUAAUAGAGAGCAGUGAUAAUACUGUAGCCAUUCUCUACAUACAACAUCCUGUAAGAGGCUCAAAGGGUGUGGUGCAGACAUAGGACAUUUUGCGAUCAGUAGCCACAGUGCUGUGAAAAAGUAUUUGCCCAUUUCAAAUGUUCUCUACCUUUGCAUAUUUUUGAUACUGAAUGUUAUCGGAUCGUCAACAAAAACCUCAUCGUAGAUAAAGGGGACCUGAGUGAACAAAUAACACAAAAAUUACAUACUUAUUUAAUUUAUUUCAGAAACAAAGUUAUGUAGCACCCAAUGCCCCUGUGGGAAAAAGUAAUUGCCCCCUUUCACUCAAUAAUUGGUUGUACCACCUUUAGCUGCAAUGACUCCAACCAAACGCUUCCUGUAGUUGUUGAUCAGUCUCUCACGUCGCUGUGGAGGAAUUUUGGCCCACUCUUCCAUGCAGAACUGCUUUAACACAGUGACAUUUGUGGGUUUUCAAGCAUGAACUGCUCGUUUCAAGUCCUGCUACAACAUCUCAAUUGGAAUUAGGUCUGGACUUUGACUAGGCCAUUCCAAAACAUCCCAUUUGUGGCUUUUUAGCCAUUUUCACUUGAUUGUGUGUUUUGGAUCAUUGUCUUGCUGCAUGACCCAGCUGCGCUUUAGCUUCAGCUCACAGACAGAUGAGCUGACGUUUUCCUGUAGAAUUCUCUGAUACAGAGCAGAAUUCAUGGUUCCUUCUAUUAAGGCAAGUCGUCCAGGUCCUGAGGCAGCAAAGCAUCCCCAAACCAUCACACUACCACCACCAUGCUUGACCGUUGGUAUGAGGUUCUUACUGUGGAAUGCAGUGUUUGGUUUUCACCAGGCAUAAUGGGACCCAUGUCAUCCAAAACGUUAUACUUAAACUCAUCUGUCCAUAGAACAUUCUUCCAAGAGUCUUGACGAUCAUCCAGGUACUUCCAGGUGCUUUUUGGCAAACUUGAGUCAAACCAAGGAAGCGUUUGGUUGCAGGCAUUGCAGUUUAAUAAGGUGGCACAACCAGUUAUUGAGUGUAAGGGGGCAAUUUCUUUCACACAGGGAAUUGGGUGUUGCAUAACUUUGUUAAUUAAAUAAAUAUAUAAGUAUGUUUCUUUUUUUGUUAUUUGUAAACUCAGGUUCCCUUUAUCUAAUAUUAGGUUUUGGUUGAAGAUUUGAUAACAUUCAGUAUCAACAAUAUAGAAAAAUAGAGAGAAUCCGAAAGGGGGCAAAUACUUUUCACGGCAAAUACUUUUCACGUCAGUGUAGAGGAAGUCAGUAGGCUAUCCUGCUGGGCUGAGGUUUCUGGUGUGUCGGGGAUUGAGCUGUAUAUGUGGUACAUAUCAGACUAGAUAAAAGAAACAGACAGUUUCACUUGAGACAUUUGAAAAUACACAUUGUACAUACUGUAUUUAGACACGAAGCGUGAAAAAUGCUAAAGUUUGUAUCAUUGAUUUGCAUUGGAUUUGUACUACAAAUUGUAAAAAGUUAGCAUUUGGAAACAGUGGCCAGGUAAAUAAAAGCAAAGCAUGGAUUGUUGUCAUACCUUGUCAAAAGGAUGCUUACAGGGUAAGGAAACCAGUGUGUAAAUGUGUAAUUAUGUUUAACUAUCCCUCUAACUGACGUUCCUACAAUGCAUUUGAUGUGAUAUCAAUAAACUUUUUAUUUUAAAGAAAA